AUGAUAGCAACGGGGCCAUAUGAGGAAUGCAUGUUUAAAAAUGGGAAACCAAAAGAUCCCCUCAAUAUGCUGAUCGAGGAAGCCAACGCCGCUAGACAAAAAGUUGCUCAGCUCAUAGGUGAUGUUAAACUUGAAAGGAAAUUCCUCGUUCCAAAUCCUAAAGUAGCCUCAUUAUACUGCUUACCUAAGAUACAUAAAAACCCUAUUGCUAUGCGACCGAUUUCCUCCAACAUUUGUACACCCACGGAAAAAAUGGCAGCGUGGUUGGUUGAGGAAAUGAAGAAAUACCCGGUGAAACACGGCAAAAGUGUGAAAAACUCGGUUGAGUUUGUGGAUCAUCUAAAAGGAUUCAAAGUGCGUCGAGGCGAAAUUUUGGUCUCCUUUGACGUCUCCGCACUCUUCCCCAGUGUCCCCACUUCCGAUGCCCUCCAUAGCCUACGAAAACAUUUGGAACGCCGCCAAGUUCCUCCCAACCAGAUUGAAGCCUACAUAACUGUCGCAGAAGUGUGUAUGAGGCAGAACUACUUCAUGUUCCGGGGUAAGUUUUAUAAACAGACCUUUGGCCUCAGCAUGGGGAGCAAACUUUCCCCCCUUCUGGCAGAAGUAUUCAUGGCCGAUUUUGAGACCGAUUUGGAGAAAAGGGAAAAACUCUUCCCCCGUGUCUGGUGGCGCUACGUGGAUGACAUUUUCGCCUCUGUAAAAGAACGCUACCUCCCACAGACACUAGAAUUAUUAAAUAAUCAGCAUAGAUCGAUAAAAUUUACGGUUGAGAAAGAAGUUGAGGGAAAACUGCCCUUCCUUGAUUUGCUGAUCUCAAGGAAAGAGGACAACACAAUAAAGUUUGGAAUCUACCGGAAACCAACCUCAACUGACAGAUAUAUUACGGUCGACUCAAAUCACUUUGGUGCUCAAAAACAAGCCGCCUUCCACUCUAUGGCACACCGGCUGUACCAUAUUCCAAUGGAAAAGCCAGAGUUUGAAGACGAGAAGCAAAAAAUUUUUGAUGCAGGAAUUGUGAAUGGAUACGACAAUGACUUCGUUCGUAAAAUUCUUCGCAAGCACGCCCGAAAAAAGCACCGAAGUGAUGCAACAACACUAACACCGGAAAAAGAAGAAUCGCAAAGAGUUAGUCUACCGUUUUAUCCAAAAUUGACUAACGGAAUCAGCCAGAUUCUUCUGCAGCAUGGUCUAAAAACCGCAUACAAGAGUGGAAACACCCUCAAGGAUCGUCUAGUCUCGCUUAAAGACAAGAUUCCUGAGGAGGACAGAUCCGGAAUCUACGAAAUUCCAUGCAGCAGCUGCCCGGCUAUUUAUAUUGGUCAAACUCGCCGUAAAUUCAAAGUCCGUCUCAAAGAACACAAAAAUGCCGUUGAGAAUGGGAGGAUUAAUGAAUCGAGUGUUGCCGCCCACACAACAGAGUUUGACCAUUCCGUCGAUUGGAAAAGGGUCAAAUUUAGGAAGUUUGUACGGAAAACAUCACACCUGAAUGCUUGGGAGUCGAUGUUCAUCAGCACCGCCGAAAAACCGUUGAUGAACGAAGACGAGCCGCCGAUCAUUUCACCUCUCUUCAACCUGAUCAAACAAAAAACCGCAUAA